AUGCUUCGAUUCACUAACGUCGAUCAUAAACCAACACGACUUCCACCUGUCUAUGGAUAUCGCACUCAUCCGCUUCUUCCACUUCGACAAGCUCUUGAUCCUAUUAUCUCUAAAAUAGAUCAAUUAGAUGAAUUUAUUAAAAUUGCAAAGAGUGAAUGUCAUUUUCCUUCAGAACAUGGUCUUACUCGUGAAGAAUCAGCGUCAAUUUAUCUAUAUACUAUGGAUUGGGGUGAACAAAGUCUCUAUCGAAUACUCAAUGGAGUUCUUCGUGAGAAAGAUCGAUCUGUAUUAAUACCAUGGCAUGGUUAUCUCAAAUUAUUUGAUACUGCAUUAAAAAAACUACCUAGUCUUCAAAUCAACUUAUGGCGUGGUAUCAAUGGUGACGUUAGUCAAAAUUACAAAGAAAACGAUGAGCUAACUUGGUGGUGUUUUAGCUCGUGUUCAUCUUCAAUUAAAGUCGUCAAACAGUUUCUUGGAUCCAUAUCAACAUUGUUCAUGAUUGAAGUAAAGAAUGGAAAAGCUAUAUCAAUAUAUAGCAAUUUUUCAGAAGAAAAUGAAGUUAUUAUUCCAUUGGGUACUCGACUUCGUGUUGUCAGUGAUGCAUUAGAUCAUGCGUCAUUAAAUGUGAUACACUUGCGCGAAUUGGUCGAUGCAAAUGAUCAAGAAUUAACAUCAUCCUUUGCAAAUAUGGGUGUCACUACAUCAAUCAAACCUCAAAUGGGUGAGUAG